AUGGAUUUCUUACAGAAGCCCCCCCGAGUGGAUCAAAGACCAUCAAGGAAACUCAUUCGCGCAAGGCUUGACGCCUUCCUUGAAAUCGCAAUAAGCCGAGAGCCGCGAGAGAGACUGGCAGAUCCUUCAAGACCGGAGGAUGCAGAACUUGGUAUUAUACUUCACUGUCAGACCAUGAAAGGCCACGUUGGGCAAUUCUGGAAUCUCGAGAGCAGGGCGAUACAGCUUCUCAGUGCGAAAGGCCUUAGCCGCGAGUUUAUUUUCGGUUUCGAUUGGCACUGGCGUGCGGAAGAGUCCGCGCGACGUCCUGAUAAAACAGCCUGCCCAACUAAACGCUGGUCGUUUGCGAAACACUCUGUGCACGACGCUUUUUCACGCGAGCUCCUUGAGCUUCUCCCCCUUCCAUGGGUCAUUAUCGGAGGUGGUUGCGCGAAAGAUAGCUACCGCCGGACCCUCUCACCUCUUGCCAAACAAAUUCCAGUAUCGUUAUCUGAUACAGUCAAUCUUCAAAUAGAAUUAGACAUUCAGGAAAAAGGAAUUAAGCGUAUAGCAUAUUCGUACCUCAUUCGUCAUCGGGCUUUUUCCAACCGUCAUCAUCCUCAAAGUACGGGGUCGUUCUGGAUGCAAGCAUUGACAUCAUUCUCUGGCUUCAAUACGAGCACAGUAAGUCGAGUAUUUUCACAACAACAAUGUCGACGAUUCGUCGAGGCGUUCCUGGUGCGGUGCCCCCCGCAGAGCUUUAUGGUUAUCGAAAGCGAGAGAUAA